GGUUCUGUAUCAACAACAGAAUCAGCCUAUGGAUGCUUUGCAGGCGUACAUCUGUGCGGUGCAGCUCGAUAAAUCCCAUUCAGCGGCGUGGACCGACCUUGGUCUGCUGUAUGAAACGUGUAACCAGCCAAAAGACGCUCUUACAUGCUACAUCAAUGCAACAAAAACUGCUAAAGGAGGAAUAGUAAAUCCAACUUUGAAUGGAAAAAUAAAGUUUUUGCAGCAACAUCUCUCCAAAAUACCCAUGCAACAUCUACAAAACAAGCCAAAGACAUUACCCAGUAUAGAAGAGGCUUGGGCCCUUCCUAUACCUGCCGAACUUACAUCUAGACAAGGCUCAGGGACACCACACACAGUACAGAAAUCACCUUUGAUGCCACAAUCGGGUGGGGCAAGUCCGUCUCCAGGACAACAGAACUUUGCCGGUCAAGGUCCAAUGCUUGAUGACAAGAAGAAAAAAAUGCAACCUCGGAAAAGGCCAUCAUCAGAAUUGUUGGAGACGAGUCCGACAUCUCAACAAGGACCUCCACAAUUACUGUCACCACAUCAGUUACAGAUACUCCAUCAGUUACAACAAAAUCAGGCGAACCUUGAUCCAGCACGACGCCAGUUACUACAGGAUCUACAACAUCAGGUGUAUUUACAACAACAGCAUGCAAAAAUGCAGAUGCUCAAUCAACAGGGCCAGGGCCAGAUGUCAGGGAACUCUACCCAAUCUGCAGGGAUAUUUGGUGCCCAGCCCCAAGUUGGAUCUCAAUCCCAGCAGCCUUUCUCUCCGCUGGGAACCAGUGCCGAAAUAAGGGGAAACAACCCCAACUCUCAGGGACAUUUGCCAUCAAACAUUGAACGAUUCUCACAAUUUCAUCCAAGCACAAGUGGGAAUUUCACAAGUUCACCUUUAAAAGGACCACCAUUGCCAUCAGGGUUUGACCCUGGACGUUCCCAAGGUCAAAUCCACGGUAACAUUCCAUUUCCAUCAACAUUGUCUCAGGGUUCUGAAGGUGAUUCUAAUUUAUCGAAAUCGCUGGAUAGUGCGCAUACUGUUAAUGAGAAAGACAUUACGGACGUACUGUCGCGGCCCGACCUGGCGUCGUCCAUCGCGGAGGAUUUGUUAAAACAAUUUUCGCAGAGCAGUGAGCAUUCUCAUAGUGAUAUUCAAUCUAGUCAGAGCAAAGUGUCAGCUGACUUGCGAACUGGUGAAAGUAGUUCUGCUGGUGUAGGGAUACAUUCCAGUUCAUCUCAGGAUUUUAAUCUAAGUGCGCCGAGUAUAGAAAAAAUGCUGAAAUUGGACAGUGAAGUCAUUAAAUGUGAUACAGAAUCGGCCAAAUACGGCUCUCUUCCUAAAUUAAAUAUACAUAUGUCUGGGGAACAGAUUUUAAGGGCCUGUAAAGGACUUGGUAAAACUGGUAUAACAACAAGUGUUCUGGGAGACAGACCUCCGCCACGCCCUCCAAGUCCACCCAGGCCACCACUCCCCAAAGAUCAACUCAAUCCCCCAACACCUAGUGUAUAUCUGGAAUUUAAGAAGGACGCCUUCUCUCCAGAACUUCAGCAGUAUUGUCAGUCCCAACCAGUGGUGGUCAUCCGAGGUAUGGCGGGAGCACUGAAACUGGACUUGGGGUUAUUUUCCACGAAAAGUCUUGUAGAAGCCAACGCGGAACAUGCCGUUGAAGUUCGCACACAGAAGAUGCAAGCACCAGAUGAGAACAGGGACCAGUUUGGCAAUAAAGUCUGGCACUGUGACAGCACUCGGAACCACACGUCUAUAGCCAAAUAUGCCCAGUACCAGGCAGCCAGUUUUCAGGAAUCAUUAAGGGAAGAACAAGAAAAGGCUAAAGGAAUAUUUAAAGAAUCUGACAGUGAUUCCAACUCAUCUAUAUCAUCUAAACUUCGUAAGAAGCCAAAAAUGAUAAAGUUUGGAACAAACGUGGAUCUGUCCGAUCAUAAGAAAUGGGAAGUACAACUGAAAGAGUUGGCAAAGUUACCGGCGUUUUGCCGUCUUGUGUCAGGAAGUAAUUUACUCAGUCACAUCGGGCACACAAUCCUUGGUAUGAAUACCGUACAGCUUUAUAUGAAGGUCCCAGGAUCCAGAACUCCAGGUCAUCAAGAGAAUAAUAGUUUCUGCUCUGUGAAUAUUAACAUCGGUCCAGGUGACACGGAAUGGUUCGGUGUACCGGAACAGUACUGGGGCGUUAUUCACAACAUGUGUGAAAGGAACGGAGUUGACUAUUUAUCCGGCUCUUGGUGGCCAGUACUGGAAGACUUGUACGAGGAGGAUGUACCAGUGUACCGGUUUAUACAGAAACCCGGAGAUCUUGUCUGGGUCGGCACUGGUUGCGUGCAUUGGGUACAAGCUAUUGGUUGGUGUAACAACAUAGCAUGGAAUGUUGGACCAAUGACAGCGCGGCAGAUCCAGUCCGGUCUAGAGAGAUACGAGUUUAACAAAUUACAGAACUACAAAUCUAUAGUCCCGAUGCUUCACCUUGUCUGGAGCAUCGCAAAAAAUAUCAAAACUUCCGACCAGAAGAUGUUUGAAACCAUCAAAACUACACUGUUGAAUUCACUACGGCAAGUUCAAUUGACGAUGGAUUUUGUAGAAGCGAUGGGUCACGAGAUAAAGUGGCAUGGCCGCGUGGAGGGAGAGGCUGCUCAUUAUUGUAAUGUUUGUGAGGUGGAAGUAUUUAACAUCUUAUUCGUGAAGGAACAGGAUAACAAGUUUGUUGUGCACUGUCAGGACUGUGCGAAGAAAAUCCACCCGCGACUAGAAGGUUUUGUCGUACUUAAUCAGUAUCGUAUAGAAGAUCUCAUCAACAUAUAUGACAAUUACUCGCCAAGAUCACCAGUAAGCUAGCUUGCGCUGGCACUUUCCUGAGACUUCACUCAGCAACACACGUAAUCAUCAUGCGAUUAUCAUACUGGACAUCGUUUUUUUUUACGAGGACAUUUGACACACAGUGUAAACAGCUUGCCAUCAAGAGAUUAUAUAAUAGCAACACUUUUUACAUCAUACAUGUAUAAUGAGAUAUAAACUAUAUCAUACAUCAGCGGUUUUUAUUAUACUCAUCGAAAAAAACAACACAAUACAAAUCAUGAAAAUAAGCACCUGUGAUGGAACACUAUAUAUUUAAGUUAUUUCAGGUUUUAUAGUCGGUGACAUUGUAUCCUGACCAGUAUUCUACAGUAUAUGAUAUAAUCAUUGUAUCUUAAGCUGCGUAAUAAUAUAUAAUUAUGCUCAUUAUAUUUAUACUUAGGCCAAGUAAAAAAAAAAGUUUCGUUUUUUGCGCCUCCUUUACGUACCCUAUAUUUAUUUAUGAAUUGACGAUUUUGGACCAUUUCUUACCCUCUUUCCUAGAUUUCAAAAUCUGCCGUACAAUAUCUAUUUAAAAUACUAUGAAAAUAAAAAAUUAAAUUAAAAAUAGAAAGAAAAAAAAAAUUGUACCUUUUUGUCCCUUUUUUUGCAGGAGACAGGGAAACAAAACUCUUUUUUUUGGUGUUAUCCUUGUAAUGAGUGAAACACGGAAAAAUGCAUCGUCUGAACAGACCAUUACAUUAAUCACAAAUCAAUACAUCUUGAAUGCUUUGUUUUUCAUUAAAUGUUGAAUAUAGAAACAAUAGACAUAGUCCUCAUUUGUACGUAUACAAAAGAAUAAUGAUACAUGUGUUUUGUGUAGUCAAUAUGAGGUAUUGUAUAUUAGAAGUAGAUUUAUAGCUAAUGUUUGAUACCUUAAGUACAUAGUGACUAGAUGUAACAAAUUAUAGUCAAACCUGUUUUUUAAAGACCACCUCUGAAAUUACGAAUCACCCUGUGAAUAAAAACCAUUUGAGCCGCGUCAUGACAAAACCAACAUAAUUGGUUUGCGACCAGCAUGGAUCCAGACCAGCCUGCGCAUCAGCGCAGUCUGAUCAGGAUCCAUUCUGUUCGCUUACCAGCCAUAUUACAAGUAGAGAAACUGAUAGCGAACAGCAUGGAUCCUGAUCAGACUGCGCGGAUGCGCAGGCUGGUCUGGAUCCAUGCUGGUCGCAAA